AGCGCAUCAAAUUAACAAAAGUCCUUAAUAUUGCUGCUCAAUAUUAGAGCUAAAAUUUAAAACUUCAAUCAUGCUUAAGAGCAUGCUUUCAACGGUUUCCAAUCAUGCCGGAUUUUUCGCCAUCAGUCUACGCUAUUUCAGCUCAAAACCGGACCCGAGACAGGCGGAACUGAUGGCACGGAGUCUUCCGAAACGGAAACCGUUGCCGGGGGUCCGAGAUAUAGUGGUGGUUUCGUCGGGAAAAGGUGGUGUCGGAAAGACCACGACCGCAGUUAAUUUAGCGGUCAGUUUGGCCAGCCAGGGUCAGAACGUUGGCCUGCUGGAUGGGGACAUAUUCGGUCCCUCGGUUCCGCUAAUGAUGAACAUUACAGAAUCGCCGCUGGUGGACGACCACAACCGGAUGAUUCCACUGGUUAACUUUGGAGUUAAAUGCAUCUCCAUGGGAAUGUUGAGAGAGUCAGGACCAGUCGUCUGGCGGGGUCCUUUGGUGAUGUCUGCCAUCCAGCGACUGCUACUGGGAACUGUUUGGGAUCCGCUGGAUAUCCUCGUAGUUGACACUCCACCUGGUACAGGUGAUGUUCACUUGUCGUUAAGUCAAAAUGUCCCCAUUUCGGGAGUCGUUCUGGUGAGCACUCCGCAAAUAGCUGCCCUGGAGGUGACUCGAAAAGGUGCCGAGAUGUAUCGAACGUUAAAAGUACCGCUUAUUGGCUUGGUCGAGAAUAUGAGCCACGUAAUCUGUGAUAAAUGCGACAAUGUUAUAGAGCUAGCGGAUCGAACGACUCAACGAUACGCUGAUGAGCAGAGUGUGGAUAUCCUCGAAAGUAUACCGAUAGAAAAACGGAUUAUGCAAUGCGGCGAUAGUGGAACGCCAAGUUGCCUGAAGUUUCCCGAUUCACACCUGGCAAGCAAGUAUCGCACAAUAGGCGAGAAGGUGAUUAAGUUUUUAGAGAAUAAACGCCCAGAAAAUUGACAAAACAUGAUUUUAUGUCCCGUAGGCCUUACAAUGCGACCCAAUUGACUUGAGGCGUCUCAUUAAGAUUACUGCGGGCGAGCCGGAGUACCAGGUUGAGUCGUCGAGAAUAAACCCGGGAGAGGUUGAGGACCAUAGUCAGUUGUCGAAAUAUCAUCAUGGAAAUUGAAAAUGUAGGAACCUCUGAUAGGUUUGAAAAUGAUAAAAAUAAAAUUACUCUGUUCAGCUCCUGAAUUUGUCGAUCAGUCAUCGACAGUUUG